AAAUGAUCUCAGAUCAAGCCAAGUCAGGAGGAUUCUCAAAUAAAUAAUUGAAUAGUGAUGAUACGCAAAGAGUGGGUGAAUGUGUUAAUCACAAACGAUUACUUGAAGCCUUCUGUACAGUCUGUCAUGUGUACCACUUUUCAAAUAUCAUAGAUUGAUCUGUCCAACAUGUCUCAUGUUUGGAGAUCACAAAGGACAUUUAGUUGAUUAGAUGGACAAGGCAACAAAAGACUUAAGAACAUCAAUGGAUUAAGCUGCAAAAGAAGGACUUUUGAAAUUGGAAAAAACAGAAACCGUUCUUGUUGACAUUAGACACACAAAACUCACAUUUGAAGAAUCAAAAUAGAAAGUACUCAAGGAAAUUGAAUAAACUUUCAAUAAAAUAUUCCAAUUAAUCAAAUAACGAAAAGACGAAGUGGUUAAUUUGAUCAAUCAGCACUAUGAAAUACAAGUCAAUAAUAUUGACACCUAAGAAUAGAUUUGGAUGGAUAAACAAUCUAGGGCUUAUGAUGUUAUUAAACUAGCUAAAUCAUCUAAUGAUUAUUAAUUAUUGGAGAAAGCAACAUAUAUUUUGGAAAGUAUCUCUUCAUUCUAUAAUAAUAAAAGGCUUAGACAUUUUGAGGUAAACACCCACUUAUAAAAAUGUAUACAUUGUUAAUUCUAUUGACACCACUUUCAAUACGAAUAAUAUUUCAUUAAAUUUGUCUGAGUUUUAGAAAGGAUUGCAAAACUGGAUCAAAUUAGGUGAAUCUGUCUUAAUAUAAUUUAAAUGUUGA